AAAUUAGCCGCCAAGACAACCGCAUCAGCAAGCACGCAAACUGAUUUGAAGGAUAAGCAAAUCACCAAUCUUAUUCAACAAUGGGAGCAGGUGGCUCAGUGGGCGAAGGAGGAGGGGAUUGAUAUUAAUAAGAGGUGGAAUUUAUUUACUUUGAAAAAGAAAUUGGAACAAAAGAUUGCGGAUUUACAAGACCAAAUUAAUCAUGAACCUAUUAAGGCCAAAGACCAGACUAUUACGGAAACUAAUACUAAACUCCAAGAAAGCAACCGCAACUUAGAAUUGCAGGUGAAAGAGAAUGGCGAGAAUGAAAAAGUUCUAGAAAAGUUGAUAAAAGAAUUUCAAGAGUUAGGGGAACAAUUAGGAUAA